AUGAAUGAAACUCCGCGACUGCGGUCGGCUUUUCCUACCACUCCACGAACAGACCCUCGACGCCAAACCUUCAACAACAAUGGACGCCCGGCUCUGGGCUCACCCCCUUCUCCCUUUCCUCCGAGACCAUCACCGAUAACCCGACCUGUGAGAGCUCCUCCUGAGACGGCGGGAGCCUCCACGCCACUGAUACCGACAGAGAUCGUUGAUGUUCCGUCCCAAAGAUUCUACGUUUUUGCGUUUUAUGUUGCCUUGACCGCCUGGAGGCUGUACAACUCCUACAAUGUGGAAAAUGAUCUGGAUUCGACAUGGCUUUUUCUCAAAUGGGUGGGGAUCGAUGCUGCCUUCUUCGUGGCGCUACCGGCGUUUAAGAUACCCUGGCUGGAGUUCUCAUUUCCCACCACGUUCACACUAUGGUUGCUGCAUGCCAUUGCAAAUGCUUUCUUAAUGUACAAGAUUCCGAUCCCGCUCCUGACAUGGUUAGGGGCGCUGGUUAAGGUGGCCUAUGAUCGGGAACUUUCGAUCUCAGAACACCGAGUCAAACCGGCCGACAUUCUACACAACUCCUCGAUCAUCUUGGGGAAACAGAUUAUUCAUAUCCUUCCAGAGGGUUCUGCCAUUCUUAAUCCCGAGAAGAAGGCGUUUUGCAUUGAUGCCUCUCGGCCUUCGGUCGAAAUACCCAUUCAGAUCAACCAGACGACGCCUAUUUCUAUUGAGCUUCAACGGUAUGACCUUGACACAGACGAGGUCGAGACGAUCAUCAUCAGCAGCAAACAAGCUAGGCAAUUGAAAAAACAUGCAGACAGCGGCCACCACAAGUCUGACACAAAUACGCCGCGGACUCUGCAUUACCCGGUGUCGAAGGCAGGUCUGUACCAGUUACAUCGCGUUAUUGACACCACAAAGCUGGAAGUGCGGAAACGGAGCUUCGACACGGCAGUUGUGCAGUGCCCGUUGGCGAGCAUCUCGACACGGUCCGAGGACAGAUGCACGGGAGAGCUGAGCAACGUCGCUUUGCAGGUCACAGGCGUCCCACCAUUCAAAGUCAAAUACAGCAAGACUGUCAAUCACAAGCAGUUCAGUUCCAUUGUCCAGAACGUGCAGCCCCAACUGGAUUUCGACACGGUCCCUGGCGAUGAGACUUCAAGUGUCGUCCUCGAUCCAAGGCGGCCACAUAUGGGAUGGACGAAGUCCACAACUGAAUCAUUCGAGAUCAACGAAUCUCUGCACCAGAAUGGAAGUCAUUCUUACACCAUUGAAGAAGUGGAAGAUGGCCUGGGGAACAAGGUGGUCUACGAUGCGAGCAAACCAAAGGACCUUCAUGCUCCGCGGGUUCAGAGUUUGACUGUGCACAACAGACCUCGAGUUACAUUGGGAGGCCUUAACUCAGAUCGCGUUCUUCGAGUCCGCGAAGGCAGUGCGGUUCAUCUUCCUGUUCGAAUUCAACACGUGGACACGUUGCAUUCGUCAGACUGGCCGCUGAUUGUGAAAUACAGCUUCGUCUCAGAUGACGAGGGGGAAAAUGUCCAGUCCGAAGACUAUGUGCACAAGAUGAUGGACAGUCACUACAUGCCUAUAAUCGGGGAGCCUGGGAAAUAUAGCCUCGAUUCUGUCGAAAGCCAGCAUUGUCAUGGGGAGGUUGUUGAGCCUUCGUCAUGCCUACUCGUGAACCCUCCUAAACCCGGUCUCAGUAUGGAGUCCGAGGACGUUUUCGAUAAAUGCGCCGGUAAUCCAAUUGGCAUGUAUGUCAACUUCGACUUUACAGGCACGCCGCCUUUCAAAGUGAGAUAUACGAUGAGCCACCGGGGUACAGCUCAUCCGAAAGUGCAAGAAUUCUCCGGUAUGCGCGGUCAGAUGGAAUUCCGUGAAAGAGCAGCUGGCUCUUACGUCUACACAAUCCAUGAGAUCGAAGAUCAAGUCUACGGCAGUGUGUCACUGAAAGACCAAAAUCUUGUCCUCCAGCAGGACAUCAAGCCGCCGGCGUCGGCCAUAUUUUUGGGAGACAAUCGUCCUGUCAAGGCGUGUCUCGGCUCGCCCGUGUCAGUACCAGUCAGACUUGCAGGUCAAGGACCAUGGGAUCUAGAUUACGAACUGGUACAUGCCGGCAAAAGAAAGAAGCACCACAUCCACUCCGAGGAGGAGCUAUGCACGAUUGAGCUUCCCCCGUUGGCCGAAGGAGGGGCCUAUUCUGUCGUAUUGACAGGAGUCCAAGACAAAUCUCGAUGUCGCACGACGUUGCAAGAGGAACGGAAGAUAGAGGUCAGACAAGAGCAACCGCGAGCUGCAUUCGGCGACAUCGACGGCAAACGAUCGAUCUCAGCGCUAGACGGCAAGCCAGUCAAGCUACCUUUGCGACUGAAAGGCUUCGCGCCAUGGGCGGUCAGGCUGCAGAAUCUGGACGACGGGUCUGAUUCAUUUGAGAAGAUAUUCAAGGACGCAAACGCCGAAAUCUCGGUCGACCUGCCAGGUACUUAUGAGAUCGUCUCUGUUCAUGACAGUUGCCCAGGCGUGGUUGAUUCGAAAGCGAACAAAUUUCAAGUGAGCUGGCUACCCCGACCGACCUUAUCAAUCAGAGAUCCAGCCAUCGGGAAAGAAGGAUUGAAGGGCUUCCGCAAACCUGCAGUUUGUCAAGGCGACGAAUCUAUUCUGGCCCUUGGGCUCACUGGCAGCCCACCGUUUCACCUUAAAUACCAACAGAGAUUCGAGCCGGUCAAAGGGCCUGCUGCAAUCAGCAACAAACCCGUUACCUUUGCCGGUAGCAGCGCGCAGAUCAAUCUUGAUACCAGCAAAGCCGGAGAAUAUUCCUAUGCCUUUAGCGAACUUGGCGAUGCGCGCUACUCUUCCGACAAGAAGGGAUUCAGUCCGAUUGUUCUUUCCCAGCAAGUCUAUCCUCUACCGUCAGCCAAGUUCAGCCAAGCCGGGAAGACUUAUGGCUAUUGCAAACACGAUCCGACCUUCACAAACAGCGCCGAGGCCGAGACUGAAAACAUACCGAUCACCUUCACGGGCACGCCCCCUUUCAGCGUUGAAAUUGCCAUUAUUCACCAUGGCGUAUCAAACCGCCCUGAGAUCGUCCGUCAGAAGGACAUCCCCACACGCAGCUACUCAUGGCCACUUUCGCGAGCCACCCUCGACCUAGGCACACAUACAGUCUCUAUUCGCUCUGUGAAGGACGCUCUCGGCUGCGAAUCAAUCCUCGACUCGGACCCGUCCGCCGUGCGCAUCCAUGUCUCAUCGCCUCCGGCCAUCAUCCCGCUCGAGUCCCAGGAACACUACUGUGUAGGCGAGCACGUCUCUUUCUCCCUGAGCGGCCAAGCCCCCUUCGACGUCUUCUACAACUUCCAGAACCGGGAACGAAAAGCGCGUGUCUCCGGUAAUGAGUUCAGACGACUCGCUGAGUCACCGGGAGAAUUUUUUAUCACGGGUGUCAGUGAUUCAGCAAUGGGCAAUAACAAAUGCCGAGCAAGGAAGGAUAUCAGAAAAGUCAUCCAUCCGUAUCCGACGGUGGAGAUUGGUAAAGGAAAGACGGUGAUUAGCGAUAUUCAUGAAGGAGGGGAGGUGGACAUACUGUUUACGUUCACAGGGACACCACCUUUCGAGUUCACAUAUACCCGCACCGAAAAUCUCAGAAAAGGCACGGGCAAACAACCACGCGUUCUCGAAACGCGCCACGACACGUCGGAUGAAUUUAGCAAGAUGAUCCGCGCCAGCGACGAGGGUAUCUAUGAAGUCGUGAGCAUCAAGGAUCGAUUCUGCUCAUACACAAAACCCAGUCACAAGGCUGCCGGCAGUGGCGGCGGUCAGAAGUUGUUGACCUACUGA